AUGGUGAGCCAGGGAGCACAACACAAAUCCAUUAAAGUCAUCAGACAAUAGAAUCAUCUGAAUUUUUCUAAAAGACAAAACGCAUAGCUCCCGAAAAGUGGCUAUGCGUUUGUCGUAUCAUCUUCCAUGGCAUUGCUGUGGAGAACCAUCGUCCCGUGA